GCGAGAGAAGGAGAAGGAGAAGGAGAAAGAGCCAGGAUGCGAUUGCCGUAUCGUAAUAAAAAGGUCACCCUGUGGGUGCUCUUUGGCAUCAUUGUCAUCACGAUGUUCCUAUUCAAAUUCACCGAACUGCGCCCCACCUGCCUCUUCCGCGUGGAUGCCACCACCAAUGAGCUGUCCUCCCAAAUGGUUCGCGUUGAGAAAUACGUCACGGACGACAAUCAACGCGUUUAUUCAUAUAACCGGGAGAUGCCUUUAAUAUUCAUUGGCGGCGUGCCCAGAUCUGGCACGACGCUGAUGCGCGCCAUGCUCGAUGCCCAUCCUGAUGUGCGCUGCGGGCAGGAAACCCGCGUCAUUCCACGCAUCCUGCAAUUGCGCUCGCACUGGCUAAAGUCCGAGAAGGAGUCGCUGCGGCUGCAGGAGGCCGGCAUCACCAAAGAGGUCAUGAACAGUGCCAUAGCGCAAUUCUGUCUGGAAAUCAUUGCUAAGCAUGGAGAGCCGGCGCCCCGUUUAUGUAACAAGGAUCCGCUGACGCUCAAAAUGGGCUCCUAUGUCAUCGAGCUCUUUCCGAACGCGAAAUUCCUGUUCAUGGUGCGCGACGGCAGGGCGACAGUUCAUUCGAUUAUAUCGCGCAAGGUGACAAUCACCGGCUUCGAUUUGAGCAGCUACCGCCAGUGCAUGCAGAAAUGGAAUCACGCCAUCGAGGUGAUGCACGAACAGUGCCGGGAUAUCGGCAAGGACCGCUGCAUGAUGGUUUACUAUGAACAGCUGGUGCUGCACCCGGAGGAGUGGAUGCGCAAGAUAUUGCAAUUCCUGGAUGUGCCAUGGAACGAUGCGGUGCUGCACCACGAAGAGUUCAUCAAUAAGCCCAAUGGGGUGCCAUUAUCCAAAGUGGAGCGUUCAUCGGAUCAGGUUAUCAAGCCGGUGAAUCUGGAGGCGUUGUCCAAAUGGGUUGGCCAGAUACCGGGCGAUGUGGUACGGGACAUGGCCGAUAUAGCGCCCAUGCUGUCCGUGCUCGGCUAUGAUCCGUAUGCGAAUCCGCCGGACUAUGGUAAGCCAGAUGCAUGGGUGCAGGACAACACGUCGAAGGUAAAGGCCAAUCGAAGACUGUGGGAAAAUAAGGCAAAGCAAGUGCUCCAAAUGAAUCCGAGGUCGAGUGAGGAUACGGAUAACGACAACAACCCCAUCAAUAUAAUUAAUACUAGUAACAAAAAUAACAACAACAUCAACAAUAAUAACAAUAAUAAUGAUGAUAAUAAUGAAAUGAACGAUAAUAAUCUGUACAAUAUCAAUAAAAUUAUACCAGUAGAGGAACACGAACAAGAACGGCAACAACAGAAUAAUCAUCAACUGCAGAGACACCAGCAGGAGAAACAGCAACAUCAUCGGCAGCAGCAGCAGCAGCAGCAGCAGCAGAAGCAUCAGCAUCAAGAAAAGGAAUUCAUUCGGGAAGAGGAACAGGAACAGGAACAGGAAGAAGAGCAACAAUUGUUGCAUCAAAAGCCAAAGGAUGUCAUUACGAUAAAGCAGCUGCCAUUACAGUUCAGUGGCAAUAGCAACAACAACAACCACAACCAGAAUGGCCCACUGGCGGAUACAUGAUAUCCGCAUAUACCCAUAAGACUGCCACGUGGCAAGCACUGAGAGAACGCGUAAAACUUUGAUAAUGAGUAUGAAAACAAUGAAAGAUGCUUAUGUAGAUGUAGAUGAUGAUGAUGAAGAUGUACGCACCAGACACCCCAACAGACACACACACACACACAUGCACACUAAUUUUAAAUUGUAUUAGCUGUAAUGCAUAUAAAACCACGUACAUAUAUGUAUGUUGAUGUAUGUACAUGUAAGAAUGCUUUUUAAUGUUACCAAAAAUGAAUGAAACACACAACAAACAGACAACAUUUUAGCCCCCCCAGUAGGGUGCGUUUCAUGACAAUGAGCAAGCGAAUACAAUAGCAUAGACAUUGGAAUAGAUUGUACCAUAAACAUGUAAUAACACAGGCUUUAAUCUGUUCCAUUAUUCGCUUUUGCAGCAUCUCUUACGAGAAUACCAUUCCCAAAACUAUUAAUUAAUUGUCUUUGAAAGGGUGAUAUUAUGAUUUAGUUUCACUUUAACGAUUACAGACCAGGUUUAAACUUACUUAAUUUAAAGCAAAGACUCCAUUGGACAACAGACUUAAUAUUUAUGUAUAAACAAAUACCACUUGGAAGGAGACUCGUGGCCACUCUUGUGUCAUGAAACGCACUGUCUGUGUACUAUAUCUAAUCCGGCAUACAUAAAUGUAUAAGUAUGUGUAUGUACAAUCUAUAAGUUGCAAAAGACCACCUAAAGAAGUGCAACAAACGCUGGACAUUCACCGAACUCCACUGUUAUAAAUAUGACAAGAAAUCUUUCAAUUUAGUUUAGU